AUGGACAGUGAUGAACUCGAAAAGGAACGGUAUCGAGUCAUCAAUGAGACACCGACUAUCCAACGAGCUACAAGGGAUUUAAAUGAAACAUCAGAUACAGCCUUCAAAGAAAAUAACCUGAGCUUGAGGAAGCGAGAUGGUGCUACUGAGAAGAGGGAUGGAAAAAGACAAGAUGCGACAGAAGGCGCGAUCGUAGCAGCUAACAACUCGGAGCAUACGAGCGGGACGUCUCAGAACUCUGGCCGCAACAAAAACAACGUGGAGGAGCCAAGGUUGGGUGAGGAAAUUGUCACCCCAAAUCUCGAAAGGGUCAAGGCUUUUUUCAAAAAGAGUAGUGCAAACAAACUGGGCUCUGGAAUCAAGAUUGCAAGCUCGCCGGAUGAUACCCCACAGUCGCAGCGACUGAAGUCUGACCCUGCCGCCAGAGAAACACCCUCAGGUGCUAUUAUUCAACGUCUGAAAGAUGACCAACAAAAAAGGUUCAAUAGGAGCGAAUUUGAUUUCACCACAUCGGAGGGAAACACAUUGAACAAAGCACACAAUAUUGGCUCAAGCCCUUCUGUACAUUAUAAGACUGAUGCAAUAUCACCAUUGUCUGCUGCAAAUACUUCAGCCCGUUUCCUAAGUGGUACUCCACUGGCUCACAAGAACAUGUUAUUACAGCUAGAAACUCCUCAAAUUAAUAGCACUUCUUCAGAGGUUAAAAAUGGAUUUGUUCCCCGCGUAGGUCAAAUAAAAGGCGAUAUUGAAAUACCUGCGACAGUUGCAAGUGCAUUGAAGGGUGAAAAAAAGACGGUAGAUACCAAACCAGUGCAUGCAAAUGGAGAAGAACCUCUUCCUUCACCAGGCGGCCUUUCGGAGGGACCAACCUCUCAACUGUUUCCAACGAUGGAUAUCAGCACCCAACCCAUACAUAUAGAGGGCGAUAGAUCUUUCCCGGACACAAGGUUCGAGGGAUCUGAAACUCAAGUCGACGUAACAUUUCCAAUACCUUCCCUUACCAAUGGUGAACAGUCAAGGGACAACAUUGAAUCCCCACUGGUCGCCAGGUUUGGAACGCAGAAGUUUACACCGGCUCAUUGGUUGAGCCCCGAGAAGGAUACUCAGACACAGUUAGUAUUAUCUUCACAAAAUGUCACGCCUAGUUCCAAGGAAAGGCUUUCGCCAGGAUCCAAAAUACGGCUAGGUCUCCCCCAAAACAUGAGCAAAUUAAAUGAGCAAGGAAAAUGCUCUUCUAUAGGACGCGGAGAAGGAAGCCCUGAGAUUCACAGUGAAAGCUCAAUAAGCACCUUGUCUGACAGCAGGGUAGAAGAAGUGGACAGUGAAAAACGGAUUAAGCUACGAUUCUCGAACGUCUAUGAACAUAAUAACGAGACCAACACCGCUUCUGAUGAAGAUGCUUUUGAUGAAAAGGUUGUAUACAGUGAUGGUGAAAACACUCAGGAACUACCAGAAGUUGAAGAUGGAUUUGCCACUGAGGCUCGCAAUACUGGCCACAAAGACUCAAGCAUACCUAGCCAAAAAUACCGCUUUCAACUCUCUUCCACUCAAGAACUUAGCAUAGAGCCCAAAAACAUCUCACAGAUUUCAUUAGAAGAAUCCCAGGAAAUUGUCAAGAACAGAAGACACCUGCGCUGGAGGAGGAAUAAUAAGUUACACCCAGUCAAGUUGGUAGAGACAGCUGACCAGGAUUUUCCGAGCAUUGAAGGCUCCCCUCCAAAUAAAUUAAGAAAGUUGACAACGUGCAAUGAUACUGAAGCUGACAACCAGGAGUUUUCCAAGAAAGAGCGUGUCAAAGAACAGAAAACUAUGGAAGAAAAAAAACUAAGCAAUUUUGAAAGAUGGGGAAGCGAUACAAAAAGCGAAUCACAGGAGCAUUCGCCACUGCCAUGUAACAAAAUAAUGCUCGAUGGCGCAUUUCUUACCAAGAAAGACUUGCUAUUCGAUGACGCAGUUUGGUGCCACUAUGAUUUUAAUUACAUAUACUACCCCGGGAAAGUCCGUGGAUACAACCCUUCAACAAAAUUUGUUGAAGUUUUAUUUGAAUCUGGCGUCUCGAAUUUUAAAGAGGAAGACAUCCACUAUUUGGAUUUAAUGGUAGGGGAAAUAGUGAUUUGGGACUCAAAACAAUAUACUGUCGUAGCUUUGUCUCGCCAGUCUUCUGACCCUUGCGCAAUAAGAUGCAUACGAGGCUAUGAUACGGUGCAUCUCAAAAAGAGAAAUAAGAACGGAGAGCUCGGGAAACGAACGUUGAUUAAACCAAUUUCAUCUGUCACAUUAACUGUUGAUCUGUGGGCGAAAAGACCCAAAAUCAUAUUAUCAAGUGAGCACCAAGAUCGCGCCCAUGCUUUUGAGGAUUUGCGGCACCCAAUAAGAGGGAGAAAGAACACUACAUUAGUUACACCUGUAACACCAAGUUGCGAAAUGACUGGGCUACCUCAAGAGCGAGAGCAUCUUGAAAGGAAUAACUUCUCGCAUCCUCACUUAGAGCGAGAACCGAAUAGUGCUGAUGACUUGCAAAAGACCGCAGCAAACCAGAGCACAGAAAAAAUCUUCGAGAAAUGCCUCUUUAUCCUGACGGGUAUUAGUGACCGUAGGAGAAGAAAGUUAUCAUCAAUGAUAAAGGGAGAAGGCGGCGCCAUCUCCAAAACGUGUUUUUCAAGUAUAUUAGAAUUUGAGGCAUCUGGCAAAAUCAAAUCUGACAUUUUUGAUCUGUCAUCAUUGAGGUUCGUUUGCCUAAUCACCUCAAAACAUUCAAGAAGUUUGAAAUAUCUGGAGACUCUGGCACUGGGUUUGCCCACAUUACACUAUAAAUUUCUAGAAUAUUGUGUCUACCGAAAGACUCUUGAUAUUCAAAGCAUCUUUCAGUUCCUUCUCCCCUCAGGAGAGAGUAGCCGGCUUUUAUUAGAUUCCAGUCUGAAGUCGGGGGCAAUAAAAUCUAACAACAUUUUCCAUUUUUACUCAAAACUCAUUAGCGGAGCCUCGAUUGAGGACCAGCUAAACUCAAGGCUUCCUAAGAUGCAAGAGUAUGACGUAAUUAUCUGCGGAAGCUCUGAACUCGAUGAAUUUAUUCAUUUUAUUUUCCAUGCGUUAGGAGUACGGUCUGUCAAAGCUUUAAAUUUCGACUUCAGAGAAAAUGUUUUCAGUACAACAGAGGGUCCCGAUGACAUCAGUAGUUUGGUUUCGAAAGUUUCAAACCACUUGGAGGAUGCUCAUAGGAAACUUUCAAAAGGGCUCAAUAUUCUGGCAUACAUCAACUUGAUGGACGGGAAAGAUGGCACAAGCCAACAUUUGACUCAAAAUUUGAAAAGUUUGUUUGAUUCAAAAGAAAAUAUUCAUAUUGAAGAGAAAGAAUGGCUAAUACAGACCGUAAUCAAUGAGAACACAGGCCACUGGGCAUAA